AUUUAUGGGGGUCAAACGACAUUCACCAAAAUAGAAUCUGGAAACCGUGCGUUAAAUCUGUUCCUCACUGGGAUUGGCUUAGGGGUUCAUUUCACUGCAACAUUUUCACCACCGCCGCUGCCUACCGACAAAAGUGGUGGCGCCGCCGAGUAGUUUCCUUAAUCCAAAAUGUCACGUCGGGAAGAUCGUAGCUCUGAAUCAAAACGUCGCCGUUCCGGCUUCGACCGUGAAUCCAGCCCUAAAAAAUCGAGGGGUGGUAAACCGGAAACCGGGCCGGAAAAAGACCGAUCGGAGCGGGAUUUCAAGCAGCACCGUACUCUCGAUUCAAAGGUUGAAUCUGGAACAGUGAGUAAAGAUUCGUUAAGUACCAAAAAAUACUCUCAGCACGAUGAUCGAGGUAGUGUCGGGCAGAAUGGCAGAAGCUUCAGUCGCAGAACCGACAAUGGUGAGCUUUUAGCUAUUGUUAUUGCUCUGUUUAUUUUCUUGUUUUUUUUCGUUUUUGUUCGUCGGAGGUUCUUUGAAACAGUGCCUAGCUUCUCGAUAGUCGACUUUCUUCUGCUAUUUGACAUAAGAGAUGGAACUAAGAUUUUUUUAUUAAAGCAAUUUCGGAAGUACUUGCUUUGGGGUGGAAAUGAAUCUUUAUCAAGAACUGAUUGUCUGAAAUAUAUAUAUUUUUUUAUUUUUUCUCAAGAACGUGGAUGGUGGAGAGAUUCCAAGCAGGAGCAAAAUGACAGAGCAAUAAACGACAGGGAAGAAAUCAAAGCAAAUCCAAAACCUCUCAUGCGUAAAAGACCUUCUUUUAGAGAGCAAAAAACUCCGGCCGAUGCAGAGAAAGCUACAAACCCUAAUCAAGAUCAUCCUGCAGAAAGUGGAAGAAGAAGAAACGAGAGAGUAUAUUCGUCUCGACAUUCUGACAAACCCGAGAGAUCGUUUGCAGGUGAGAGAGAGUUGAACAAGGCUCAGAGGGUUUCUUCAAGGAGUAACUUUUCAUCGGGCGAUAGAUACAGAGAGGGGGGAGAUAGAUUCACUGCCAGGCAAGGGUAUAAUCGUCCAAGUGGGGCCCGUGUUGAGAAAUGGAAGCACGAUCUUUACCAUGAGGCGAAUAGGAGUCCAACACCGAAGAAUGAAGAAGAUCAGAUUUCGAAAAUCGAAGCUCUUUUAGGUUCGUAAAUGUUUAGUUUGCUGCUUUAUGUUGUGAGGAUUUUUGCCCAUAUUAUCUCCCCUUUUUUUUCCUCUCACAAGUGCAGAGUUAACUUUUGUAGUUGAUUGUGCCAAACAAUUUAGUUUUCUUGUAAUUGACUCUGCUUUGAGAGAUAUUGAGGACUAAAAUGACUAUAUUAAUGCAAGGAGGGGUUUUUCUGCAUUUUCGAUA